AUGGACCGAGCCUGGGGCUGGCUCAGUGUGAGCCCAGCCCCAGCCCUCCUGCUGGUUCCUGGGGCUGCCUCUGACUGCAGGCCUCUGCUCUGUUCCUCCCCAGGGGGCAAUGGUGACAACAGUGGACAGGCAGGAGACCUGCCCGGUGUGGAGGGUCCAGGGAGGCAGGAGCUGGUGGGAAAGCUGGUGCCUGCCUUCCUGGGCAGCGGGCCUGCCUACCUCGCCACCUGCAUGGGCACCUGCAGGGCUUUGGCCACCACCCAGCAGGUGCUGGACCUUCUGUUCCAAAGGGAGGAAGCCGCUGCCUGACUGCCUCUGGCCUUGGGCUCUGACUGUAUCUGCAUUUGAAAGGUGAUGUGUGAGGAGUUCCCUGUCCUGGGUGAGUGUGAGGAGGGAUC